AUGAGCAUGCAUAUAUUGAAAUUACAUACAUCUAUCAUUUUAAUAUCUUCCCUGUUUAUCUGCCAUGAGUCCAUGAACGCGAACUGGACAGUAAAAUCUGAAGCGGUGAACAAUGGACCAUAUCCAUUAGUUAUGAUUCCUGGUACAGCAGGAAGCCAAGCUUUUGCACUCUUCAAAGAUGACUCCGACCGUGAACCUUUACCUUUAUGGUUAAAUAUGAAAUUCUUUGUUUUUUUAAAAAGAUUUAGCGAGUACUUUAUGUUGCAUUAUGAUUCAAAAACUGGUCGUACAAGAGAUACUGAAGGUGUUGAAGUCAUCUUUCCAGGAUGGGGAGAAACAUGGUCAAUAGAAAACUUAGAUGAGACACCCAACGUUUUCUCGGAAUAUUUUGGUCCUUUAGUCUAUAUCCUAAAGAAGGAUUCAUUUUACGUAUCGAAUUUUACAAUAAGAGGUGCACCAUAUGACUUCAGAAAAGCUCCAAAUGAAAAUGACCAGUUUUUUGACAACUUAAAAAUUUUAAUCGAAGAAACCUAUGAAAAUGCGAAACAGCGUCCUGUUGUUCUACAUCCGCAUAGUAUGGGAUGUUUAUACGCUAUGGCGUUUUUGAAAAAGCGGUCUGUGUCGUGGAAAAGAAAAUAUAUCAAAUCAGUCAUAUUUUCUAGCUGUCCAUUCGGUGGAUCUGUUAAAUCACUAAAAGUCGAAGCUAGUGGUGACAACUUUGGGGUGUUUCUACGUAGUCCUUUGAGUUUCCGUAAUGUUCAGCGCUCUAUGCCAUCGCUUACAUUCAUGUUUCCGGAUUCCCGUCUGUGGUCAUCAUCAGAACCACUUAUUAUCACACCGACAACGAAUUACACCACAGCUGACUACGAACGCUUCUUCACAGACAUUAAUUAUACUAUUGGCUAUCGUAUGUGGCAAGACACCUACUCACUUGUCGAUGGACUUGAAAUGCCAAGUGGUAUUGAUGAAAUUCAUUGUAUUCAUGGCUCGAAUUUGAGUACCACAGAUAAAAUUGUCUACUCCCCCCCUAACCUCUUUCACAAUGGUUUCCCAGACCAGGUACCAUUGUUAGUUCCUGGUAAUGGAGAUGGGACAGUCAGUCUUCGUAGUUUGGAAUACUGCAAAAAUUGGCCAGGAACUAAGUAUUACGUGCUGUCUGGGGCUGAACAUGUUCACAUCAUGAGUGAUAUACGCCAUAUUAAUAUUAUCCUCCAAAUUCUCGGUGCAAAUAUAACUCAUGCUUAG